AUGCCUCGCCGCUACGCACCCAAUGGCUACGAUGACCAUCGCAGUGGUGAUAGAAGAGGCCGUCGAUUACCUAGAGAUGGCCCAGGCCCCGGAGACAUACACGACCAACAAAGUACGCGCGGGAGCACGGAGCAACUGAGUAGUCGAGAUCCGCAGGAAAGAAGAUACCUCAGGGAGUCCAGGAAUUAUCCAGAUCCAGGGAACGCUGAAGAUCGUGCUGAAAUCAGGGUUGCUAGGCGCCCGAGAGAACUGAGAGGUCCUCGCGAGCCGCGGUACGGUAUGGAGCUCCCGUCCAUCAGGGACGAUACGCGCACAGAAAAUUCUCGCCCUCAUGAAAGGUUCAACCUGCAAGGUGCCAGAGAUCCCAUACAGAUUGCGGCAUCAGCAAACAUACAGAACGCGAGCGAAGGCGGGAGAGACAGGGCGCAGGCAAGGUAUCAUCAAGACACAAGACAGCCCGGAAGUGAAAUGGACGAUGCUGGAUUUCUCAGCCAGAACAGAGAAGACUGGGACGGAAGAAAUCUUGAAAACGAACAAGAAUAUCAAAGAAGUGAGCGAUCAAGCACUUGGAACGACAUGGCAGAACAGGCUCCAAUACAUCGCGGCAACUCACGAGAUCCCAGACUCUCCUCUGCGCAUACACGCAUGGCCACAUACUUCCUGCCAUCAGAAGGAAUCAGCCCUGAGAUCAUUCAAGCCGACCUUGGUAAACAUCUUGGCCGAGACGCCACAUUUCGCCCUGGUACGAAUCGAGAGGGAAUUCCUGGUUACCUCAUCAGAGCUGGCCGUCCAUUAACACAAAAUAUGAUAUCCGAACUGAUGGUCAAUUCGAAGCGAUCGCCAGACGAAAGUCUACGGCGGAGAGGAGUGCCAGGUCAAACCAAUCAAGUUUACCGGCCAGACCUUAUCGCGGGACGAGAAGAUCUCGAAUCCACUUCCCGAUUUCCUCCUUCCCCACAUGCUCCACAUUCUCCAGACGACGUUGGAAAUUCUAGGAGACGGUCGUCAACAGCAGAGUACGGCGGUGGGAGGGACCUGUUCGACCGACCUGAGAGAGUCGAAUAUCGUUCCCGUAGGCCCAGCCGAGGAUUGCAAGACCAGCCGCAUAUUCGCUCUUCGGAAGUCAGGGGAAGCUCCGUAAGCCAAAGUAGUUCAUAUGACAGUCCGUGGGGAGGGAGUGGGGCAACGCAGCGAUCCAGUCGCUCGAGUUACUCGACCGCUCCAUCAUCUGUGCAAAGCAUUUUAGACGAUCAGGAACGCGAGGUCGGGCACGGCCUGACACAGUAUGCACCAAGACGAGGUAGCAUAGCACACUACACUGGUGCGAGUCAAGCUUCGAUAUCCGCUGAUCAGUCUUACAUCGACCCCAGAACCGGUGCAAGAGUCACAAUGCCAGCAAGACGUGCAGCGAGAGAGAGGCCUGCACCGAGUCCGGCAAUGCAGCCAGAGGAUGAUCCCCCAGGUUGGGAUGAUACACCAAAUUUUCGAGGGUUCGCUGGAGGCUCCUAA